AUGUCGAGAAAAGAUGAAACAUCCCCUGCUGACGAAUUAGUAACAUCAAAGAGAGUAUUUAUAAAUCACGUUGACCAAUAUAAUGGGCUGAAUAUUUCAAAGUAUCUUUCAGGAUGUGUGAUUGGUGCUACACUUGAUGAAGAAGAAAAUGAAGAAAAAAGAUCUGAUGAUGGAGAAUUAAGUUUCAUUGGUUCAAAGGAAGGAUGCUAUGAAAUAAUUGGUACUGUUAAAGAUGACAUGGCUUUAAAGCCAGAUUUUGUACUUGAAUUUAUAAAUUCUGCAACAAAAGAUGACCUAUAUGAAUACCUUCUUAGUUGUGAUAUUAUUUUAUAUGACAUCACAAGAGAUGUAAAGCAAAUUGAUGAAGCUGUUUGGGCUGUAUCAGAAUUGCAGGCUGAUCUGGAGAAAAUAUCAACACCAAAGAUUUUCAUUUUAAUCAGUUCUGUUCUCACUUGGGCUAAAACCAAACCUACAGAUGCAGAUGAACCUGAGAUCCCUUUUACAGAGGAAGAUUAUCGUCGCAGGAAAAGUCAUCCAAAUUUUAAAGAACAACUAAGUGCAGAAAAAACAGUCAUCAAGCUUGGAAAGGCGACGAAAAAGAAACUAAAUACAUAUGUUGUAGCAAGUGGUCUUAUAUAUGGAAUAGGAGAAGAUAUUUUUCAUGAUUUAUUCAAGAGAGCAUGGCACAAUGAAUCACAUCUGACAUGUCUUGGAAAUGGCACUAAUAUUGUACCAACAAUUCAUAUCAAAGAUCUUGCAGCCAUCAUCCAAAACAUUGCAGACUCUGCACCAACUGUAAAAUAUAUCAUUGCAAAAGAUGAUUCAAUGAAUACGUUACAAGAAAUUGUUAAAAACAUAAGUCAAAUGAUGACAACUGGAAAAGUUGUUAAUGUAAAAUCGGAAGAAUCUCUUCUUGACAAGUUACUUACACAACUUGAUUUCGAUAUGCUUCAAGUUGAUCUGUUAAUGGAUGCAGUAUUCAUAAAGGACAAUAUGAAAAUAAAUUGGGUUGCAGAGACUGGCCUUGUGGAAAAUAUAUCUGAAAUUGUAAAGGAAUACAAAAUUCAUCGGAAGUUACUGCCUUUACGUGUUUGUGUUUUGGGUCCUCCUGGUGUUGGGAAAUCAACUGUUGUGGAGCAGUUGUGUCAUCAUUACAAAUUGCAUCAUGUUAAAGUUAAAGAUGUCAUUGAUGAAUAUAUCCAAAGCUUGAUUGAACUGGAACAACAUGCAAACAGUAUAAAUGAGCAAUCAGAAGAACAAGAAAUUGAUGAAGAGGAAGAAUUAAGGAUACAAGAUGCAGUUGCCAAACUUGAGGAAAUCAAUGAAUGCAGAGAACAAAAUAAUCAGCGAUUAGAUGAUAACUUACUGAUCAUGAUGAUGAAAGAAAAACUCUUAUCAAAACCAUGUCAGAACCAAGGUUUCAUCUUAGAUGGUUUCCCCAAAACUUUUGAACAAUCAAAACUGUUUGAAGCUGAUGAAGAGGAGGAAGUAGAUGAAAAAGACAUAAAUUACAACAAGAACAUUAUGCCUGAAUUCAUAUUUUCCCUGGAAGCAAAUGAUGAAUUCUUACAUAAACGUAACAUUAACCUUCCUGAAAGCGUCGUAGCAGGUACUCACAAUACUGAGGAAGGAUUCACUCGAAGACUUACAGAAUUUCGUAGAAUCAAUACAGAGGAUAACACAGUAUUAAACUAUUUUGAUGAACUAGAAUUUCAUCCAAUAAAAAUUGAUGUCAUGAAAGAUACUUCAGAAAUGAUGAAUGAUACUGUGCAAAAAAUUAAAGAAAUUAUCAAGAAUCCACGUAAUUAUGGUCCAACAAAAGAAGAACUUGAGCAAAUACAACUUGCUGAAGAAAGAGAGUUACACAAAAAAAAGGAAGAAGAAAGAAUACUAAAGGAAAAACUUGAAAUGGAAGAAGAAGCUGAAAGAAAAGUGAAAGAAAAAGAAUGGGCUAAUAAACUGUUUGAAGUAAAACAACAGGAAUUUGAACAAUUAGAAGCCCGUUCAAUCCCACUUAGAAACUAUUUAAUGAAGCAUGUGAUGCCUACUUUAUCAAAAGGUCUUAUUGAUUGUUGCAAAGUACGACCAGAUGAUCCUGUGGAUUAUUUAGCUGAAUAUCUUUUCAAGAACAAUCCACAAAUUGACUGA